UUUGCCUGCAUAUGGUAUGGUCUUAGAUACAUAUAUGGACUGUUGAAGAAGAGCAUUGCCAAGGAGGGACAACAUGAUUCCAUGCAGGUUGUGCUUGAGUAAAGGCGAGACUUUUAGGUUCUGGAUACAACCUCUUUGUGGCAGUAUGAUGGUUGGAUUUCUUUUUGAUCAGAACCUGUGCACAUUUGAGUCUUACAUUACAUGCAAUGUCAGAAGUAGCCUUCUUACUAACGGUGUUACAGCUUUCAUAUCAUACAAUUUCAACUUCGCUACUGUUGGAGAGAGG